GGGAAGGCGGGAAGUUCUUCUUCUUAUUGCAUGCAGCGCCGUUGUGGUGAGUAGUGGCGAAGAGUAUUGAGUUGUCAAUAAAAUCAAAACAUGUCUGUGAAUCUCGAGAUCCAACUUUCGAGGGCCAAUAAAAUAUAUCACGAGGAGGAAACACUCAGGGGCAUCGUCAGUGUGAUUUGUGGCUCUGAAACGAAGCACGAUGGCAUUUUCCUGACUAUGGAGGGAGUUGUGAAUCUUCAGCUCAGCAACAAGAAUGUGGGCAUUUUUGAGGCAUUCUACAACUCUGUGAAGCCAAUUCAGUUGCUGAAUCUUCAGCUCGAGUUAUCUCCACCCGGAAAACUCCCAUCCGGACGCACAGAUUUCUCCUUUGAGCUUCCUCUGGUGUGUCGCAAAGAGCCCAGAAUCCUGUACGAGACAUAUCACGGGGUGUUUGUCAACAUCAAUUACAUGCUGAAGUGCGAAAUGAGACGUAGCUUCCUGGCCAAGAGUGUGCAGAAGCAGCAGGAGUUCAUGAUUCAGUACAAGCCAUCGCACAAGGAGAGCGGCAAUGAAGUGCACUUCACCAUCAGUCCGGAGACACUGCAGAAGAGUGCCAAGGAGAGAAUUUCCAUUCCCAGAUUCCUCAUCACGGGACGUCUGGAUGCCACUGAGUGUUGCCUGACGAAGCCCUUCACAGGACACGUCACUGUUCAGCACACGGAAGUGCCCAUCAGGAGCAUCGAAGUGCAACUGGUGCGCGUGGAGACUUGCGGAUGUGCCGAAGGAUAUUCACGUGACGCCACGGAGAUACAGAACAUCCAGAUUGCAGAGGGAAACGUGUGUCCGAAGCUUCACAUUCCCAUUCACAUGAUCUUUCCGCGACUCUUCACGUGUCCAACGCUGCUGACGAAGAACUUCAAAGUCGAAUUCGAACUGAAUCUCGUCAUCCUGUUCCAAGACGACUAUCUUGUGACGGAGAAUUUCGAAAUUAUCCUCAAUAGAUGUAACUAAAUGGGCCGCAGGAUGAGAUAAAGGACGACAGACACUGAAUUGUUGGCCUUUGUCUAAUCUUCUGCACCGCCUGAAAUUGUGGCUUUCAUGUGAAAUUUGCCAAAAUUGUCGUCAUAUUUGAGGCAACGACGCGCCUUGAAAUGGUGCAGAUAAGCGCGCUAAUGCAUAAACUUUAUCCAUUCCACAAUUACGAUGCUUUGCGCUCUUGCCUUUCCAUUUCCAGAAUUGUGUGUCUGUGUGUGUGUGUGAAGAAUGACGGCCAGAGGAGUGAAAUGCAGGGGUGAAUUUGGGAAGAAUUUUCCCGUCCUCAGCAAACUGCUGGACAAAGUGGAAUCAACACAAUCUCAAGACAUUCUGUCUCACCUUCCGGUUUUGAAGAGCAUCUUCACUUCAGGAUCUGCAUGGAAAAUACUAGGAAAACACUUGA